AUGGGGGGAAGGAGGAAAUCGCACUCGAAUAAAACUACUCAGGGAGAUGCGCAAUCUUCUACUGAUAAAAAACAUAGAACAAACGAAACCAUGAGAGGCGAUGGUACUCGAAACUUGGAUCUUACGCAAAGUUCUGGGUUUCCCCCUACUACUGGAUUUCAAGCUGCUGCUUUGAUGGAGAACCUUGAUGAGACUACGGCGGCGCGUAUUAGGAGGGUGGCUCUUUCUCUGGAGCGAACUAUUGAGAGGUCCUCACAUGGUAUGGAUCCAAAACUGCUUGUUCAUCCUAGCACAGGCCCUGUUACGAGAGAACUAUUGGAGGUGAUUGCGGAGUAUAGACGAGCUUCUAUGGGUAAAGGUGCUCCACUCUCUUUUGUUGCCCCCUUAAUUCAGAAUGGUAGGAAGGAUAAGAAUGCUGUUUUGGCUGAUGGGCCACAUCUUUUCUUUGGAAAACCCAUGAUUAUCAAGCCAUGGAAGGCUUCAUUUGAUUUCUGUGAGGAAAGCCUUAGGGUAAUUCCCAUUUGGGUGAAGUUUCCCAACUUACCCCUGAACUGCUGGAGUACUGACUCUCUUAGCAGGAUUGGAAGUAGUUUGGGUGUACCCCUUUUUGCUGAUGCUUGUACCACUCAACAGGAUAGAAUUUCCUUUGCUAGAUUACUGAUUGAGAUGGAUGUUACCAUUCCUUUACCUGAUUGUGUAUGGAUUGAGGAUAAUGUUGGGAAGGUUGUUCAACAGAAGAUUGGCUGGCAGUCUGCUGAUGUUGAUCUCCAAGUUGUGUCUUCUUCUGAGCAGUUUAUUCAUUGUUGGGUGGUUACUAGGGAUCACAAAUUUGAAACUUUCUUCACUGCUGUAUAUGGUCUUCACACAGUUGGGCAUAGGCAGAGUUUAUGGAGUGAUUUGGUUUUGUUGAGUCGGAGUUCUCAGUUCAAACCAUGGAUGGUUGCAGGGGAUUUUAAUUCUGUGCUCUACUCAGGAGAUAGAAUUAAUGGCAAUGCUGUCAGCGACUCUGAAACAAAGGAUUUCCUGCAGUGUGUAGCUGACUGUGAUUUACAUGAGCUGCACAGUUCUGGCUGGUUCUUCUCUUGGUCUAGUAAAGGCUCUGAUGAUCCUAGAGUUUGGAGUAGAAUUGAUAGGGUGUUUGGGAAUUUGAAGUGGAUGGAUUCUUUUCCUGAUAUUUCCACUAAGUAUUUGAACCCUUCUAUUUCAGAUCACUCUCCUAUUGUUAUCCCCUGUGUAAAGAGUGAUCUUCAUAGGGGGAGACCUUUUAGGUUUCUAAACUAUUUGGUUGAUCACACUUCUUUUAUAGGCAUAGUGACUGGUAGUUGGAACAUGGUAGGUAGGGGUAAGCUUAUAGAGCAGAUAUGGUGUAAACUGUUAAGAGUAAGCAGUUCUCCUCAGUUAUUAGCUGCUGACGUUGACUUGGUUUGCAAGCUCAAAAAAAGGCUUGGAAUUGAGGAGCAAACCCUUAAACAGAAAUCUAGAGUGCAAUGGUUAAAGAUUCAUAUGCUGCUAGAUGAUGAUGGUAAGGAGAUUACUGAUCCAACAAUCAUCAAAACAAAAAUUGGAGCUUUUUACAAGAAACUUUUGGGUUCAGCUGCCGUCUCUCUUCCUAGCCUUGACUUGCCCACUAUUAGAAAUGGUGUUCUUCUCUCUCCUGAGAAGAAUUGGCCAAUUUUGAAAAAGGAUGUUUAUGCUGCUGUGUUUGAUUUCUUUAAUGCUGGUGGGGUGUUGGGGAAAUUUAACUGCACCUCUAUAACUUUGGUUCCUAAAAUUCCUUCCCCCACUUCUGUCUCUCAUUUCAGACCUAUAGCUUGUUGCACUACUGUAUACAAGAUAGUGUUUAAAGUUCUCACUCCCAGAUUACAGAAAGUUGUUGCUGAGGUAGUUUCUGAAUAUCAAGCUGGUUUUGUACCUGGUAUGAGUAUUUCAGAUAACAUUACUGUUGCCACUGAGUUGAUUAGGGGAUACAAUAGAGCUCAUAUGUCUCCUAGGUGUAUGGUUAAAGUUGACUUAAGGAAAGCAUAUGACUCAGUGGAGUGGCCUUUCCUUUUCAUGGUUCUGCAGGAGUUGGGUUUCCCUCUAAUGUUCAUUCAUUGGAUCAAAGGGUGUGUUACUACUGUUUCCUACUCCAUUCUUGUCAAUGGUAAGCCUAUGCCACCUUUUGUUGCUAAGAAGGGUCUUAGACAAGGGGAUCCACUUUCCCCCUUCCUAUUUGCCAUCUGUAUGGAGUACCUGAGCAGAUGUAUGAAGUCCCUAGUGUCAAAUCCAGAUUUUAAUUUUCACCCUAAGUGUGAAAAAUUGCAGUUGACUCACUUAAUGUUUGCUGAUGACCUCUUGCUGUUUGCUAGAGGUGAUCUUAUUUCUUUGCAACUAAUCUUUCAAGCUUUCACUUGUUUCUCUAAAGCUUCUGGUUUGGAAUCUAACAUGGAUAAGACAGAGGUGUACUUUUCUGGUGUGCAUCAAGGGGAACAAGAGGCAAUUAUGGAGGCACUUGGGAUCACAAAAGGAGCUUUGCCUUUCAGAUACUUAGGGGUGCCCUUGGCUAGUUCUAAGCUGACUAUUGGUCAGUGUAAGUCUCUCAUUGAUAAAUUAUAUACCAGAGUCACAAGUUGGGUGUCAAAGAAGCUUUCCUAUGCUGAUAGACUUCAGCUUGUUAAAGUAAUUUUGUUCAGUUUGCAAAUAUAUUGGAGCCAAAUUUUCAUGCUGCCAAAGAAAGUUGUAAGGGAGAUUGAAAGGAUUUGCAUAACCUAUCUGUGGACAGGAGACACCAAAACCUCAAAGAAAUCCCCAAUUGCUUGGGAUUCAGUUUGUAAACCUAAGGUAGCUGGUGGUCAAAAUGUGAAGAACUUCCAUUUAUGGAAUAAGGCAGUUAUUCUGAAACUUCUGUGGGCUCUUGCUUUCAAACCUGUUGCCUUAUGGGUAAAGUGGGUUAAUGCUUACUAUAUCAAAGCCAGAAAUAUGUUUACUAUGCCUAUUCCUGCUUCUGCUUCUUGGGUGAUUAAGAAAAUCUGGAACUCCGGAGAACUGUUGGAUAGUAAUGCUGAUUAUAAAGGAGAGGGAGAGAGAGCGGGAGAGGAAUAUGGCAGGGGUGCAACAAAUGAAGUUAAAUCAUCCAGGCCAAGGUCAUCCUGA